AUGAGCGAACGUCAAGAAAACAACAGGGACCUAGAGACCGUUAUGGCUCAAGUCGAUAAACUCCUCAAACUUUGGCGCAUGGAAAAUGUUUAUAGCGCGGAACAGAUGCUAGAAGUGGAAUCCGGCAGGGCUGCUGUGGCUUUGCGGCAGGCCGGGCUUCAGUCCAAAUCUCCAAGCGGUUCCAUAACAGAAGCAAGCGCACAGGACCCACACUUGGGCUUGGGAGAUGCCUCCGGCAGCGGCCGUUCCAGCGCCAUUCAGUCGUACCCUGGGCGCUCAGCCGGCGGCAGGACACAGACGGCCGCUCCAGGAGGGGUCAUGCCCGCCUAUCAGCAACACCCAGCGCCUGAGAGCCAGGAUCCCUACAGCGCGGACUCAAACCCAAAUGGCGCGCGGCCUGUACCGCUGCCGCCGCCGCCACCGCCGCCGCCACUCAUACCACCCGGACUACUCGGACCCGUAGGUCCGCCAGGGGUUCUACCCCAGGGUCCCGCGGCGGCGGCGGCUGCCGCCGCCGCCGCAGCAGCUGCCGCUGCUGCCGGACUCUUUCCGCAGGGGCAGGGGCUUCCUAGUUUCCUGGGAGCGGCGCCAGCGACACUCAUGGCGCAGGGGGUUUACAUGGCGCCAUUGGGCCACUAUGGAGCUGGUAACAGUGUUCCACCGGGCCCGAUGCCACCUGGCAUAGGCGUGGGCGUUGGGGGUGUUUUGCCCGGAGGCAUAGGUAGUGGACACCCAUACCAAGGACCGCCAGGAAGCCUGCCUCCGGGGCUGGGACAUCAACGGCCGCCGCUUUACCCCCCGCCGCCCAUGUACAGCAGCCAGAGCCAGGCGCAGAACCAGGGUAGUGGCCGUAACGGCAUGAGCUACAAUCGGUACAAUCAGGCGAACGGACGCACGCCGCCAGGCCUAGGGCCCGGCUCCGGCCCGGCCGCGUCGCAUCACAGCCAGGGCCAGGGCUGGCAUGGUCGCUACGGUCAGGACGGACACGGCGCCGCGUCACAGCCUCUUCCGCCGCCGCCGCCGCCACCGCCGCCGCGGCCGCCUCCUGGGUCUCCACCUCAUGGAACGGACAGUCGCGGCAGCGGCACUGGCGCCGCGGCCGCGGCCGCCGCCACCGCCGCCGCCGCCGCUCCCCCAUCAGCUGCUCUAGCGGCCAACGGCUUUUAUAGAGGGAGCGGUAUAUCGGACAGCGGCGGCGGGCCGAUGCCUCCGGGUCUUGGACCGAGCAAUGCCGGCGGGGCUGAUGCGGCGUCGGCCAGCAGCACGGAGGGAAGUAACUCCAGUAGCCAGGGAGGUACGGCAGCAGUGACGUACUACAUACGGCCCAGCGGGCGAAGGAGCCGUUGGGAACUAGAACGUGAUACGAGCGACAUACAGACGAACACACAGACGAGGACGACGACGGUGACGGCGGGACCGGCCGGCAGCGGGCUGUCGGCCUCUGCUGGUGCUGAGCCGUUGCUCAAACGGCCAGCUCUAUCGGUAGAGGGCGUUGAGAAGGGGCCGGUACGCGCACAGGAGGCAGCAGCGGCGAAGCUGACGACAAAUGCGCCCGUGCGGUUUCCGCCGCCGCCGCCGUUGCCGCCAGGCCCCGCCACAGCGGCCGCUGCUGUGUUAGGGGGGUUGGGGAGCGGUGCCGCAGCAGCCGCGCCGCCUGGGCUUUCGGAGCUGAGUGUAUCCGGCGUCAGUGCGCCUGCGGCAGUACAGGUAGCGCCGACGGAAGGCGUCCAGCCGCAGCGGCAAAGUGGAUCACCACAGCAACAAAAACAGCAUCCACGGGAGGGGCUGCACGAGCAGGAGCAGGACCCGCCACUUGCUGAGGCCAUAGUAGUCAUGCGCUCGUGCGCGGGUGAGCAGGAGGCCGCCCAUGGCUGCGCUGCCUUGCCGCCGGAUGCUGUCACCAGCGCGCCCAUGGAGGUCGAAAGCAGCACCGACCAGGGGCAGGUAGUGGCGGCUUGUGGGCAAUGCAGCACGGACGAUGUCGCCGUGGCGGACGGAAAAGCUGACCCAGAUGGUUUGGCUGAGCCCCCGGAUGAGCGAAUAGAAACAGCUGGACGGGCCGUGGAAAGAAGAUCCGUAGCUCGGCAGCUUGCUGAGCACGAGGCUUUGGUGGCAGGAGGAGGAGGAGGAGGAGGAGGGGGAAAGCUGCUGGAGACAGGGCCGGUGGACUCGGCGGUUGUGGUGGUGGGAGCUGUGCGGGAGGGACCGGCAGUGGUGGCGAUGGCGAGCGAUGCUAUCGUCAUGGAGGUCGACGACGGCGGCAGUAGCAGCGCAGAGGUGGUGUGCGUUGCGUCCGUGGUCGUACAGGCGCAUCAUCGUCAGGAUAGCACGGCGCCGGCGUCGCCGGGCCCAGUGAGUGCAGCAGCAGAGCAGGGGGAGAGCCGGGAGUUGAUUACCGCGGCCGGAGGCCUCAAGGAAACGCCGCUACGUCUCCUGCAGGAUAAGCAGCAGCAGCAGUAUGAGAAACGACGCAGCUCCUGUAGUGGCGGCGGCGGUGGUGCUGGGGACUCCGCCAGUUAUGAUAGGUCAUCGAUGAUGGGUGCCCCGCCUGCGGAUGGCCGGGUGCUUUACGUGGAUUGUGGGGGGGCCCCGCCAGGUGAAGAUGAGCAGCAGCAGGCGCGGCGGCAGCAGGACCUGCAGCAGGAGCUAGUGGGAGAGGCCACCAAAGCGGCGGAGGCGGUUACGUCCUCAAAUAGGCCAGUGUCCGACGAACCAUGCAGCGAUGCGGAGCAGCGGGUGAUGGGGAACGACGUGCAGUCGGCCGAGGUGCAGGUGGCAGGUGCUGCUGUGCGGCAUUCGAGUCAGGUGCCCGCGGUCGAGCAGGAGCACCAGCCGCAGCCAAAACCCCCGGCAGUACCGCCGUUGGGGGGACUCUGUACGGGAGAGGCGCAUGUGGGUGCGAGGCGGGGUGAGGCAGCCGCGGCGGUGGAGAUGCAUGAGGAGGGGCAGGAUGAAGCACGUGCCGACGUGGCGCCGCCAAACGCUGUUGAUGCUCCUGCUGCGGCAGCUGAAGUAGCUACAGCUGCCGAGCAGUCGACGGUUGCUCAGCAGUCUCAACCCAUGGCGACGGCAGCGGCGCCUGGCGACAGCCAUGCGCUGCCUGUGCCUCUCUCCGCGGAUGCAGGACGCGGGGUCGUGCCCAUGUGCCCUACCGGGGCCAUUGGCGCUACUGCCAUUGCUGGGGGGGCUUCUGAAUCGGUGUGCAGUGUCACGGAGGCGGCUGCUGGGCCGGCUCAAGUCAGUGCUGCAAGCGAGGCGACGGAGCCCGUGCUAUCUCCUAUGCCGCAGGAAGUGGUGAUCGACACGCAGCCCAGCGCGCCUGCUCCCGAGCCGGCACCGCAACCGCAGCCGCAGCCGCAGACCGCCAUGCAGCACAGCAGUAUGCUCAUGAUGCCAUCAUACGACGAUUCGCGGGUGCCCCUUCAGCUGGAGGAGUUGGAGCUGGGCGACCUGGAUGAGUCGUGGCUCUAG